CGAGUAGACGACGGGCUAACCUUCCUGUGCAUGGCGGACGAGGACAGCCGCCGGCGGAUACCCUUCGCCUUCCUGCAAGAAAUCAAGAACCGGUUUCAGGCUACGUACGGGGAUAGAGGCGCAACGGCGGCAGCCUUCGCGAUGAACGAGGAUUUCUCCCGGACUUUGGAGAACCAGAUGGACGUCUUCAACUCGCCGGACGGUGACCAGGUCUUGGCGACCCAGCAGAAGCUGGACGAGGUAAAGGACGUGAUGGUAGCGUCCGUGGAGCUGGUGUUGGAGAGGGGGGAGAGGUUGGAGCUGCUCGUGGACAAGACGGACAACUUGCAGCAGCAGGCGUUUCGAUUCGAGAACACGGCGAAACGGCUGAAGAACCACCUUUUCUGGAAGCGGGUUCGAUUCUACUCCGCGGUGGCAUUGGGGGCGCUCCUCCUCUUGUACGUUGUUACGGCCGUCGCUUGCGGGCCGACGUACGCCAACUGCAAGAGCUCCUGAUUUUUCAUUAUUGUUUUUGUUGUCGUUGAGGAAAUAGCGACGGCCGACGUGCGCCAACUGCAAGAGCUCCUGAUUUUUUCAUUAUUGUUUUUGUUAUCGUUGAGGAAAUAGCGACGGCCGACGUACGCCAACUGCAAGAGCUCCUGAUUCCUUUAUUGUUGUUUUUGUCAUCGUUGUGGAAAAUGAAUGACCUUCACCGUGUCGUUGGUGGUUAGCUUAACUUGAUCGUACGUAUCGUUAUACUUUGUUUGGUGGGUCACGAGAGAGAUGGGAGACGGGUGUGGGGUACAGGGUCACGUAAUUAUAGCCUUGUUCGGAUAGACGUGUGUCUGCUUUAGCUUCGGGGCGAUAUUGGCAGUUGUUGGGUAUUCAGAGACAUCGCCAGGUAGGUAGGCAGCAGCAGCAGCAGCAGCAGCAUCAGCAGUGGGAGGUCAAGUUGCGAACAAGCGGGCUCUAUUUUUUGGAACGUGUAGUGUACCGAUUCUGGUACAGAGCACACCGACACUGUUAUGUCGCUCACCCGUUCUUCCUUGUUUGAUCAGUCAGUGGGGGAAAGCAACGGGGAUACAUAGGCUUCGGUGUGGGAAAGGGUGCAGGUUCUAGUGUUUCGUACAAGUCGAACCAUCAACUUGUUGACAACCGGUUUCUCGGUUUUUGGCGCGUGCUGUAACAUUGUUUGCGUGCCUUCUGGGACGGCUCGCUUCUACAUAAGCGCCCCUGUCCUCGCGCUGGGCUCAUGUCUACCGGAAUUCAACCACGAGAUUGGGUCUACGGUUGGUGUGUCUCCCUUCCUGUAUGUGUUUUUGCUUUUUUUUUUCAGUAGCCGUGGUCACGCAAUUUUCUAUACCGUGGGUGGGGUUGAGUGCCUUUCGAUUUUAUCAGCACCUCGCUCAGUACUCCUCUACCCCUGCUGCUUGGUCGUGGCGACUAUGCAAGGUGGUGGCAGUCUCCCUCCGGAAAGUCUUGUAGCUACUUCUGUCUCGUUGGUGAUGUGAGCCUCUUCGAGGGGGUUGCAUGAGAUCAUUCAGAGGUGGGUGGAACUCUCUGCGCGGGGGUGUUAGUUGUGACUACAUGGUUUCCCCUGCAGUCUCCCGGGCGGAACGAUGGAAGGAUGUGUUUUCGUGGGCCCCUUCGGCGAUUUUGUGGCUGCAUACAGUAGGCAUGAUUGUUCGCUGCAGAUAAAUUCCGUCCGCACGCACCUCGGGGCGAUUGAUGGCGGCGGGAUCGAUGACGGGUCAUGCCUGGCGUACGUUUCGGGUUGUUGGGGACUAAUUCUUCCGUCUGCAAUAAAUGGGAUGUGUACUUGGGAAAGUUGCUCCGGGAAUGAGUGCGGAGGGGUUUGUUUCCGCCAUCGGCCGCACACAAAGAAUUCGUUGUACGCGACAAUUUUCACGCAGCAGCCGCUGACACGGCGAGUGGUCAGCAGUUGGAUACAGUUCAGAGAGCGAAGGCAAAUCGCCGCUUACCGGUAGUGUUUCUUGGCGGGAGGGCCAGAGAUGCUGAGAUGGGCGUCCUUCCUGUGCAUACUCGUGAUUCUUUCGAAUUUCGCUGCCCCUGGUCGGCGGUGUUUCGUUCGCGAGCGUUGUCUGCUGGCAGUUUCUUCGUAGAGCAGCUUCGAUGUGUGCCUUUGCGUGUUUUUUUGUAGCUCACGCGUGCGUGCGUGCGUGCUAUGAUCCAUCUUGUUGGGUUUCGGCAGAAUUAUGGCUAUCCCACCAAUGGUUUCCAGUUGUGUACAUGGAGUCUUACACGUGUCGGCGUCGUUGUAUGUAGGCAGAUGCGCCGUCGCCCCAUUGCUUGCUUGAUUGCCAGGCAGGCAUAGAGAGCGAAAAACGAAAUGUGUAUUUACCAAGAGUAGAUAGUUGUGGAGAUGGAACAGGGGGAGAACGUGAACUCUUUUGUGUUGUAUGCCGUAUAUGACACAAG